CAGAAGUUGUUCAAUUCCUUGUCAAUUUUCUCCAGCUGAGCUGCCUGCUGCAAACGCAAUCAAUUCAAUCCCCGCACUCUUCAAGCUGCGUGUCUCAAUCACCUCCGUAGAAUGAUUUGAUGGGUUCGAUUCGAUUGCAACACCAUCGCCAUUGUCACCACCUCAGCUGCCCCGCUCCCCUCUCCAUUACACACCGGCGGUGGAGAAGCUCGACUCAGACUCACCCCUCCCUCCCGACCCCUCGCGCCGCCGCUGCCGCCACCAGGUUUGUCUCCCUCACUGCAGAUUCAAGAACAUUCCCCCGACCCUCUGCCCUGCCUGAAUAAAACGGGCCCCAUUUCGGAGUGGUAUUUUAGAUUCGAUGCCGAUGACGGCGAAUGCCUCCAAAUCUUACUGUAAAAAUUGUACAUAUACAGACCUCUCGACCCUUCAGGAUCAUGGCAAUGGCAGGGGCGAAAACCAUUGCGAUUUGUCAGCUGGGGGGAGAAUUCCACACCGAAAACGACGGUUCCUUGUCCUACAGAGGCGGAGAUGCUCACGCCAUUGACAUCGACGAUCAAGUGAACUUUGCUGACUUCAGGAUGGAAGUCGCAGAGAUGUUCAACUGUGGCGGCGGUGGGGGCGCCACCUUCAACUCCAACAUCUCUCUUAAGUAUUUCCUCCCCGGAAACCAGAAGACCCUUAUCACCAUCUCCAACGACAAGGACUUUCAACGCAUGCUCCGCUUCCAUUCCCAUUCCCUCACCAUUGAUGUCUACGUCUUCGUCGACCAACCCCCUCUCCCUGACUUCUCUAGCUUCCCUGCUAGCAGAUCAAGCAGAACCACUCUCUCCGAAGCACAGCAGUUGCCUCCAGCGACUGACCAUGUCCCUGAUGCUGAAGGAGAAGAUGUUAUAGAUGCCCACCAUGAUAUAACUCUUGCGGAUAUUGUUGAUGACACCACCAGCCAGGUUGAUAUCCACAUCGAUUUACCUCAAGAAAUGUCACCGCUUCUUCCUCUAAUGGCUUCCACUUCCAGCAACGAGAAGCAUCAUGUCAAAGCUGUGGAGCAGUGGCAGGACACUAUCACUGGUGUGGGUCAGAGAUUCAGCAAUGUCAAUGAAUUUAGGGAAUCCUUGCGUAGGUAUGCAAUUGCCCAUCAGUUUGCUUUCAAGUACAAGAAGAACGACAGCCAUAGAGUCACUGUCAAAUGCAAAGCUGAAGGUUGUCCAUGGAGGAUUCAUGCUUCCCGGUUGUCGGAUACUCAGCUCAUUUGUAUCAAGAAGAUGAACCCUACACAUACAUGUGAUGGCUCAGUGCUUACAACCGGGAACCAAGCGACUCGAAGCUGGGUGGCUAGCAUAAUUAAGGAGAAGUUGAAAGUUUUCCCAAAUUACAAGCCCAAGGAUAUUGUGAACGACAUCAAGCAAGAGUAUGGAGUCCAACUGAACUACUUCCAAGCAUGGAGGGGGAAGGAAAUUGCCAAAGAACAACUCCAGGGUUCAUUCAAAGAUGCAUACAAUCAGCUGCCCUUGCUCUGUGACCAGAUAGUUGAGACUAAUCCUGGAAGUCUUGCUACUUUUACUACUAAAGAGGAGGACUCUAGCUUCCAGCGCCUGUUUGUCUCGUUUCAUGCCUCCUUGUCUGGCUUUCUCCAAGGAUGUAGGCCUCUGCUUUUCCUUGACAGUAUAUCUUUGCAGUCUAAAUACCAGGGUGCAUUGUUGGCUGCAACUGCUGCAGAUGGAAAUGAUGAAGUCUUCCCUGUGGCCUUUGCUGUGGUGGAUACAGAAACUGAUGAAAACUGGCAUUGGUUUUUGCUGCAGUUGAAAACUGCUCUGCCAACUUCUUGUCCACUGACAUUUGUUGCAGACCGACAGAAGGGUCUGAAAGAAUCGAUUGCUGAGGUAUUCGAAGGCUCUCAUCAUGGUUACUGCUUAAGAUACCUGACCGAGCAACUUUUUAGAGAGCUGAAGGGGCAGUUCUCACACGAAGUGAAGAGACUCAUUAUUGAAGAUUUAUAUGGAGCUGCCUAUGCACCUAGGCCAGAGGCAUUUCAGCAGUGCAUUGAGAGCAUCAAAAGCAUUUCCCCAAAAACCUAUAGUUGGAUCAUGCACAGUGAGCCCCAAAACUGGGCCAACUCAUUCUUUCAGGGGGCAAGAUACAAUCAUAUGACAUCAAAUUUUGGAGAGCUCUUCUAUAGUUGGAUGUCAGAUGCUGAUGAACUACCAAUAACACAGAUGGUUGAUGUAUUGAGGGGGAAAAUCGCAGAGUUAGUCUAUGCAAGGAGGUUAAAUGGUGAUCAGUGGCUGACAAAGUUAACUCCUUCUAUGGAGGAGAAGUUGGAUAAGGAGAACCUAAGCAUUGGCGCACUUCAGGUGCUUCUCUCAGCUGGCAACACAUUUGAGGUUCGUGGGGAAUCGGUCGCUGAAGUUGUUGAUGUUGACCACUGGGAUUGUAGCUGUAAAGGGUGGCAGCUUAGUGGGUUACCUUGUUCCCAUGCACUUGCUGUGAUAGGUUGCAUUGGCAGGAGUCCUUAUGAUUAUUGUUCUAGGUAUUUCUCUACCGAUUGUUACAGAUUAACUUAUUCAGAGUCGGUCCACCCUAUACCACAAGUGGAGAGGCCUAGUGAGAGAAAGCCUUUGAACGGAGGAGUAGUGACUAUCACCCCUCCUCCUACUCGGCGUCCCCCUGGACGGCCCACCACAAAGAAAUAUGUAACGCAGGAGACUAUGAAACGUCAACUCCAGUGCAGCAGAUGCAAAGGUCUUGGACACAACAAGUCAACAUGCAAAGAGAAUUUGUAGUAAGGUUUACGCGCUGUAAGUAUUUGCCUUUUUGCACACAAUUCAUUUUUAUGCCUUCGUACAUGGUAGGACUGAAAGUGUUUUGACUUUCUUGAAAUUUAUCAAGUGCACAUAGGAUCUCAUGGUGGGUAAUCUGAAUUUGAAAAAUAGUCUACUUAGCGAUGGCUAGGUGUUGCAACCAAUGAGUACUGUGUUUGUCUCUGAUUUUAAACAGGGAGGACUUCAACUCAUCACGGAGCAAUGGCAGCUGGCCUGGACUUGUAAAAUGUAGUAAACCGUGUUAGUGAAAAAGCUGAUUAGUGAUUGUCUUUUCGGUUCGGGCUGUUGUUUAUUUUCUCAAAUCCACUUGGGAGUUGCAACUGUAAUGUAGAGAGGCAGCCGGAGGUUAAAAUGACGAUGUAGUAUGGCUUCACCAUCUAAACCCCUUCAAAAUGGGUAAUUGUUGUAUUCAUAAUUAUAGAAGUUGCUGACUUCUGAGAGCCAGAGUACACGGUUCAAUUCAUCAAACUUCUGGCUAUUUUCGUCACAAAUAUAGCGGGUCUUAAGUC